AAAUUCCGUGACUUCCCUGAGGAUGCAGAUAUAGAUUUAAAAGAUGUAAUAAAAUUUUACUAAUAACAAGAUGUAAAAAAUAUUGGAAAUACUUUUUUCAAAUCUCAGAACUGGGAGAUGGCCAUUAAAAAAUAUGCAAAAGUUUUAAGAUAUGUGGAAGGUUCAAAGGCUAUUACUGAGAAAGCAGAUAGAUUGAAGCUGCAACCUAUAGCUUUAAGCUGUGUGCUGAAUAUUGGUGCUUGUAAACUGAAGAUGUCAAAUUGGCAGGGAGCAAUCGACAGUUGUUUGGAGGCUCUUGAAAUAGACCCAUCCAAUACCAAAGCCUUAUACCGUAGAGCUCAAGGAUGGCAAGGAUUAAAAGAAUACGAUCAAGCAUUGGCUGAUCUUAAGAAAGCUCAGGAGAUAGCACCAGAAGAUAAAGCUAUCCAGGCAGAAUUGCUGAAAGUCAAACAAAAGAUAAAAGCACAGAAAGAUAAAGAGAAGGCAGCGUAUGCAAAAAUGUUUGCCUAGUAAGAAAUUCAGUUUUACUUAAAUA